AUUUUACAAAGAAAGAUAACUCCUUUUUGACCGGAAGUGUAAGAAAAUUGACAACAAACUCAGACAAACUCUCUAAAGAUAUUUUUUAUAAACAUUGCAAUUGAAAUACUGGACUUUGAUGUUAGGGAUGUAAAUGUAAAAAGAAACCAGGAUGUAGAAUAGAGCUGAGAUGUCCAGUAUCUCCAAAAGACACACAAAAAAAUGAACCAACCAUAUAGGAACCAGUCCAAUAUACAAACAUGAUAGAGUCAAGAACUUUCACAGUGCCAUCCCAAGCACAAAGUGCUUUUACAGUAAUGCAUGAACUUCGUGAGCGUCACAUGUUGUGUGAUGUCACAAUCACUGUGGAAGGUCAGGACUUUGAUGCUCAUAAAAUCGUACUUUGUGGAUGUAGUCCAUAUUUACGUGCCAUGUUUACAAAUGGAAUGUUGGAAACUGAAAAAGAGCGAGUGGAUAUCCAAGGACUGGACCCCUGUUCUAUGGGGCAGUUAAUAGAGUUUAUGUAUACUAGUAUGAUAGAAAUAACAGUAGAUAAUGUACAAGGGAUACUGCAAGGUGCUAGUAUGCUGGGUCUUCAUCAGUUGAGAAAGAUGUCUGCUACGUUUCUACAGUCUCAGUUAACAGCCUUAAACUGCCUUGGAAUCUACUUUUUAGCUGACCUGUAUAUGUGUGGAGAACUGGAGAUGGCAGCUCGUCAGUUCAUAUUUCAAAACUUUCUAGAUGUCAUUCAUUCGGAGGAAUUUUUACAACUGUCAGAAGAUAGACUUAUUACUUUGUUACGCAGUGAUAAACUUCAAGUCACUAGUGAAAACCAGGUGCUAGAAGCUGCAUUAAGUUGGAUCAACGCAGAACCCGAAAUCAGAACUAGAAAUGCUUGUCAUAUCUUACAAUAUGUAAAAUUAGCGUUGAUAGAUAUGACACAUUUAGAAAAUAUUGUUCUAAAAUUAGAUUUUGUAAAAAAUUGUUUAAAAUGUCAACAAUUGAUAGGUAAUGCGAUUGCAUUGCAUUAUGAUCAGUCAGCUUUAGACUUAAUGACACCUCGUGCUCAGCCUCCGUGUGUAUAUGUGGUCGGUGGGAGAAAUAGUACAGACUGCCAGUUAAAAAGCAUGGAGAGAUAUGAUUUCUUAAUUGACCAGUGGCAUUCUGUGCCCAACAUGAACAUUGCCAGGACUGCUGUAGGAGUUUGUAGCUUGGAUGGACUGUUAUAUGCUGUUGGGGGUGAAUGUGCGUUAGCUGAUUCACAGGAAAACACAUUGUAUCUCCGUUCUGUAGAAUGUUUUGACCCUGUAUUACGACAGUGGAUAGCCAAACCUGAAAUGAAAAUAGCAAGAUCAUUUGUAGCUUUGGCUGCAGUGGGAAGAUUUUUAUAUGCAAUAGGUGGUGAGGACAGAGCAUGCAGUUAUAACAUUGUGGAGAAAUAUGACACAAAAAAUGAAACUUGGUCAUUUGCUCCGAGUAUGAAGAGGAAAAGAUCUGGUGCUGGGUACUGUGUAUGUGAUGGUAAAAUAUAUGUAGCAGGAGGGUUUGACAGAGCAUUACAUAUGGACCGUGCUAGUGUUGAAUGCUACGAUUCUUUGUCAGAGGAAUGGACAUUUGUAUCUGAGAUGGAGAAAGCCAGAUCUGGACUUGCUUUAGUAGCCAUUGAACAUUUUAUUUAUGCAUUUGGUGGACGAUACAAGGAUAGGGAUCAGUAUUUUGACCUGUCAGAAAGGUUCAAUACACUGACUAAUCAAUGGACAACAAUAAAAUCUCUGAAUACACCUAGAGCUUGGCCGGGUGCUGCUGUGUUUGAUGGACGUAUUUAUAUCCUCGGUGGAUUUGAUGGAACGAAUCGGCUCCGCAGUGCUGAAGUCUAUGACACCGAAGUAGAUAGAUGGGUGUUCUUAAGUAACAUGAUUGUGAGUCGAGCUGGCUGUGGUGCAGCAGUUGUAUGACCGUGACCCUGACCUUGAACUGUGAAAAGGUCAUAGAUUAAUGAUUUAAUGCUUUGAAUGAUUGUCAAAACAUUUGCAACUUUGUCUUUCAUAUUUUAUUGGAUUUGUGUAUUAUAGUUUUUGUUUUGUUUUUUGUUUUAAGUUUACCUGGUCUAAUGGCCAAUUUGAACAAUUACCAUCACUUGGCUUCUGGGAUUAUCCGUUAACAUUUAACUAAAAUGUUCUCUUGUACAAUUGUGCCCUUUGAAACCAACCUUGAUUUCAUUCAUUUUCAAUGCAUGAAUAGUACUAUUUGUUUGAAAAUAAGGUCUUAUACAUGUUCGGUUUUUGUACUGAAAGCUCAGCAAAUUAAAUUGUGGAUUCAUUAUCAUUUGGGGAUAUCAGUCUUUAUCAUGGAAUGAAGAGAAAUUGGAUUAUUGUUGAUAUUUGAUUUCGUUUUGCCAAAGUCUGCAUACAAUCCUUUAGGAAUUAGUAUUUUGUUGAGCAUUUAAAUUUGUGGUUCACUUUUACCAAUGAAAUCCACAAAAAUUGGUAUCCCAUAAAUAAUGAAGAAUCUGCAAUAUACAUGCUGAGCUUGCAGUACAUGGCUGUUAUUUAUAAAAAAAACAUAAGGUUUAAACACUAAAAUUAAUGAUUUUUUUUGAAAGUGUGAAGUUUCUUGAUGAAAUAUAAGUAUAAGUAGACUGCUUUGAUUGCCAGUGAAAGUACUAUCCACAUGUGGAUGGUCGUAUUGCCUUCCAGUUUCAGAAUUGAGCAAUACAGACUUUUCGGAAGCCUUUGGUCAUUACUAUUAGGGCAUUUAAGUAGCCCUAACAAGGUUAUUUUAUGUAAAUAAUCUACACUGUGUUUAAAAAUACCUUUGAAUGUUUAUAAUCUGAAUACAGAUCAAUUAAAUUGCAUAGCGCUUUGUGGUAUUGUGGUCAAAGGGAUAUCAAUCAAUUUCAGACUUAAUUUGUCUAAAUAUUAUAGAAAUCAUGUUUCCAAUAAGGUGAAUUCUGAAUAAACAUUUGUUUAAAACAAAUAAACAUUUUAUUUACCCUGUUUGUUGCUAACCAUGCUAACAGUAACCUGAUAAAUAUGUGAUGGUGGUAAUUAAAAAAUUGUAGGCUAUGACACAAACUGGUUAAAAGGGGUGUUUUAUUUUUUCCCUGCCCUUCUACAGAGGUGAAUCAUAAACUUUCUAUUUUUUAAAGCAUGUAAAGAGAUAAAGAACUUUCAAUGGUAUUUUUUAACUCAGUGUAAUAUAUAAAACUAGAUGUGCUAGUCUUUGUAAGAUUAUUUAGAGCUUCAUAAACUCUCCAAUUUUGUAAAGCAUGUAAAGAGAAAAAACAUUUCAGUGGUAUUUGUAAACUCAGUGUAAACUGUGUAAUAUAAUAUUAAACCAGAUAUGCUAGUCUUUGUAAGAUUAUUUAGUGCUGAAGAUGAAAACGACAUCCUAUGUUAUAACGUAUUAUAAAUGUACCAUGUUACAAUCCUCCUAUGGAGUUUUUGUUACGUUUAAAAGUCGAACAGAAGUAGUAUGUAAUCAAUGCGUUUUCCUUUUUCUUGAAGACUUCAUGUGGCUUUCCUGUCGCGCAAGUAAUGCAGCAUAUCAAUGAUUACUAAAUAUUUGUUGAAUAAAUUUGAUACAGUAAAUGAAAUAAGGUAAACCAACUUAUUUUAGUGAGCAAUUUCUUUA